AUGGCGGAUCAAGAUCCAGUUGCAUGGAAUGUCGAUUUAGAAGUGAGCCUUUUUCAUGCGAUGAAAAAGCAUAAACCUGUCGGUGUAAAUCGACAUUUUCAGAUGGCCUUCAUCUACAGUAUUCUCAACAGUUCCAUCAAUAGAAGGAUCACCUGCAAACAGAUCUGGGAGAAACUGAGCACACUCUAUGAUCUCCAGGCAUUGAAUGAAUCUGAAAUAUCUCCAUUCCCAAACAAGCAAGUAGAUUUCAGUCUUCCAGAAACUGAGUUUUCAAUGUUGAUUACCAAGGUGGUUUCAUCCAACAAGAAUCCAGUUGCACGUCAUGAGAAUGUUAAAGACCAGCAAAAAGAUAAAGAACUAGUGAAAGAGAGAGAGGGUCACAAGGAGAAGGACCGAGACAGGGAUAGUCACAGAGAGAAAGAUUCAAUCAAAGAUAAGGACCGCCACAGGGAAAAGGAUAGAGACACUUAUAAAGACAGUCACAGGGACAAGGAGUCACACAAAGAAAAAGACAGGGAUUCACAUAAGGAGAGAGAAUCUCUGCGUGAUAAACAUGAAAGAGAGAAGGAAUCGGCAAAAAGUGAUAAGAAAAGUAGAAAGGACAGAGACAGACACAGAGAGAGGUCUAGUUCUAAGAGUAAAAGGGAGCGGGAUCGGGAUUCGUCCCCUAAAGGAUCACGCAAAAGAACCCGCAAUCUCCCUGAGCCAGUUCCAAAAUUAAAAGAGGAAGGUGCUCCAACUCCCAAAAGGGCUCGGAGAAUUUGAGUUUGUUAUGUCGAUUAUUUUUAUUGUAACCACAGACAUUGGCCAAGUUGAAAAUUCAGUAAUAACACUGUAGUGUCUGAAUCAGUGAAAUUGAGGUGCCCUAAAAUACUCGAUUUCCUCAUGAUGCUGGAUUCCAAACCUUCUUGAUUUCUGUAUGACAUUUUCAUGUUGUGUUUGGAAAUGUCACAAAUGUAUUCAUUUCCUCAAGAUGUUUCACUUUCAGUAAUGUCAAACAU